CUGGUCGAUAAAUAUAAAGAAGCUGCUGCUGCCUGUGCUACUUUUAGUAAGAUCAGAAUGACUAACAAACGCAUACACCUAGACGAUCCUCUCAGCGAAGUGAAACCGUCUUUUAUACUGCCAUGCAACGGCGGUGCACACCUAACAGACUGUCAGAAAGGCACUCUCGAGCAAAUUGCGGUGAGUUUAGGAACGCCUGGCAAAGGUAUAACUGCCUGUGAUGAAAGUGCUGGAACAAUGGGUGCUAGAUUUGAGAAAGUGGGUGUGGAGAACACCAUUGAAAACAGGCGCCUCUAUCGCGAGAUGCUUUUGAACCAAAAUGAACUGCACCAAUAUGUUUCAGGUAUACGCUUCGUUUGA